CUCGGGAAUCGAUUCGAAGAAGUUCUUGCUUCAACAGUGUUUGAACGGAAUUUCUUGCUUCAUCCCUGCUUUUUAAUCCUUUUUACUUGAACGCUAAGUAUCGCCAGCGCAGAGCUAUAUUUUUGUACUUUUGAUAAGAAAAGCUAAAAAAAAUCCCAGCUAAAAUGGAGUCUCAAGUGCGCCAGAACUACCACCGCGACUGCGAGGCAGCCAUCAACAGAAUGGUCAACAUGGAGCUGUUCGCUUCCUACACCUACACGUCUAUGGCUUUCUUCUUUGACCGCGAUGAUGUAGCCCUGCCUGGUUUUGCUCACUACUUCAAGGAGUCCUCCCAUGAGGAGAGGGAGCACGCAGACAAGCUGCUCUCCUUCCAGAACAAGAGGGGUGGCCGCAUCUUUCUCCAAGACAUAAAGAAACCAGAACGUGAUGAAUGGGGCAGUGGCCUGGAGGCCAUGCAGUGCGCUUUGCAACUGGAGAAGAAGGUGAACCAGGCUUUGCUUGACCUUCACAAACUGGCUUCGGACCAUGUUGACCCUCAUCUGUGUGACUUCUUGGAGAGUCACUACCUGAAUGAGCAGGUGGAGAGCAUCAAGAAGCUGGGUGACUACAUCUCUAACCUGAGCCGCAUGGAUGCCCAAAACAACAAGAUGGCCGAAUACCUGUUUGACAAACACACCCUGGGUGGAGGCAAGAGCUAAAGCUUCAGGCUAACGUCAUAGCCUUAAAAGUCCAACAGGCCUAAUCGUAUGCUUUUCACUCCUGUUGACUGCCCCACAAGCCUUAUCAGAAUGGACUCUCAAAUUGGCUUCUGUGUUUUGUUUUUUUUUUAAUCUGCUGUAAAGAUUGUUUACUGGGUUUUGCACCUGUAAUGACUUCUUUACCCUAUCUUGAAUAAAACCAUUUGAGCUGGA